AUGAAGUACGAUGUGCAUGAGAUCUCGAUUGCGUCUGAUAGUGAAAUCGCUCUUUGUUGGAUAAAAAGUUCCAAAAAGUUACCAGUUUUUGUUGAAAAUCAGCGCAAAAAGAUCGUUGAAAUUAAGACCAAACUUGAAACUGAUGGCAUAUACGUUGAUUUCUUUCAUGUUGCUACUGCUCACAAUCCAGCAGAUGCUGGAACUAGAGGAUUGAAUUCCAAAGAAAUAAACGAUAGUGACUGGGUGAGAGGUCCACGUUGGCUCGAAAAUCACCCCGAAACGUGGCCAUUAACAAAAAUGGAAUCAAUUGAGAUUAUAACCGAGGAAUUGGAAUCGAUUACACUUCCAAAUAUCGAGGUUAUUGCAAAAACCGAAAGCAAAGAAACGCUUUUUGAUUUAUCGCGCUUUUCCAGCCUAAUCUGCAAAAUAGCAAAAUACUGGACUCACUUAACGAACAAAAAUCGUAAUGUCACUAUAGAACUUCGAGCGAUCUCAAAAUUCACUACCGAGAAGGAAAUAACAAGUACCGAUAUCGACUUGUCCGAACACAUAAUUUUUGUUCAGGAACAAUGUAACGAAAGCUUUGUAUCUCUACAAAAGCGUUUUCCGGAUAAGAAAUUGAUAAGAGACAAAAAAGAAACCAAUGAGAAACUGCCUACAGAGUUCAAAACAAGCGAACCAUCACAAAAGAUUGCACCAAAAACCAGGCAAAUUCUUCCUAGAGCAUCGAAGACACGUGCUCAUAACCUUUUUCGAAACAUGGAUAAUGAUUCAAACCAUGCAAAUGGCGCGAUAUCCAGAUCGUCAUCCUUGAUAUUCCUUACAGUAUUGUGUGCAAUGAUAAGCCCAACCAUUGCGAUCAAUAACUCUACUAUAAUAUCUUGCUCGAACGGAGUAGUUAGUGUGCCGCCAUUGAAGGGCUGGUUCGAGUUAUGCAUCGAUAACGAUUGUCAAUCGAUGAACAAUACAACACGUUAUGUCAAAUACUUACUACCCAUAUCUCCAACUGAAAAAGGAGCUGAAGUGCGCCUGCGCACUCUCAGCAGUGAUGGGGUACAAGAACAACAAUGGCUCUGCGACAGACCAAAGUUCUGCGAACAUCAGUAUUUCCUCUCAAAAAGUUUAUUAGGAAACCCCCAUUGCUGGCCAGCUGGAGCCAUCGCCUCCUCAGCUGUGCUAAUUUAUAUCAUAAUAGCAGUGAUCAUGGGCGCAAUAUGGAUUACCGUUAAAAUCACUAAUAAGCUAAAGUCUCCUGAAAUAGCUGGCAAACCAGAAAGGAAUGAACCCGAAAUUCCAACAGCACCAGUCUGCAGUUUCGAAUUGACACCACUUCCUAGUACACUACUCGUUUUGUGUACCCUAAUAUGUCUGAUGUCCACCACAGGCGCAUGUCAACACGGUUUCAUGCGCCACUCAGCUGACCUCGUAUGUAAUGAGAAUAAUCAAUGCCAUCUAGAAUAUAGCAGAGAACUUCUAUUCAACAGACUCCAGUCGGAGCUAUGUAUUGAAAUCUUGCACGGUAACAGAACCGUUGGAUCAGCAAAAUUCACCAAGAAGUCCAUUGACUUUGAAUGCUCGAAAGCCACAGAGUUUUUCACAAGACCUACAAAACUAUCAGUUUACCACGCUAAGCGCUGCGCCACAGCAGGCUCAUGUCAGAACAACAAGUGUGAAACAAUCAAGCAAAACGAAACAGUUCAGGAAUUGAGACAUGCUUCAAAAUAUCCUGGCUACUCCGGCUGUAUGAACAGCUGCGGAGGAAUCUUCUGCGGUUGUGGUCUGCCGCUUCCUAGUUGCUGGUUUUAUAAAAUUGCUCAUAGACCAAUAUCAGAUCGAAUAUUCGAAAUCGUACAGUGCCCUCACUGGACCACAACGGUCAAACUAGAAAUCGAAGUAACAAUAGCCAAUCGAACAGAAAAGGUUGAGCGAUCGUUUACGCCAUAUGUGGCUAAUAACAUCGAUAGCUUCAACAUUACAAUCAUAUCAAUACAAAGGCCAUUAUAUUCGUUAGAAAACAAGCGCUUCGCAAUUGCAAAAGAUAAGUCAUAUCUCCUGCCACCUAAUUUCCAAGUUGCAGUCGCAUGUAAUACACCUACUCAAGCACUGAGAGAGUUCUCUACCUGUUCCAAUAGAAUUCAGUGCAACUGUGGAAAUUCGCCACGUAACUGUCAGUGUCCGGACGAUUCGUUCCAAAAACUUUGUGACAACCCACAAAGCACGCUACCUCUGAGAACACCCCACGCAACUAUAAAUGUUCGCGAGGGAAAUAUCGUUGCAACGUCCAACGAGGAGGAAAUGGUACUACGAAUUGAGUCAAAGAUGCUACAAGAUGUGGUAGCAGAACUUAUUAUUAACCAAGAAUGUGGCUUCAAAAUAUCAAAGCUCACAGGAUGCUACGACUGCACACUAGGUGCUCACUUUACAGCCAUUUGCAAGUCACCAGCGAAAGCUACAGUAACGGUAACUUGCGAAUCUCAGCAAUUCUUGGUCACUUGUGGACCUUCAGAAGAAGAAAAUGAAAUCAUUCUCAAUUUUAACCAUCCUAUCGUGAACGAACAAUGCAAUGCCCAUUGCUCUGAUAGGCCUACUAAAUUUCUUUUGAACGGUACUCUGCAUUACCAAUUAACGAAACCUCAGGACAUUUCAGUUUUCGAAAUGAAAGACCAUGGGGUACCUCUGAAACACCAAUGGUUCAGCGAUAUUAGUCUACCUAAUAUCGAUCCUUUUCUGCACACCAUUACCAGUCACUGGAAACUAACUUUAGCUGCGCUUGGUACAGCACUUGGCCUUGCCACCCUCACUUACUUGGGAGGUCCAAUCGUUUGCAUAUAUCUACUUUCCUUUGCCAACUCUAUACUUUGUACAGUUAUGAAGAAAAUGUGGGCUCUGUUCCUCUUUUUGGCGUGUUCUUACAUACACACAAAAAAUCGCGUAUAUAAGAAGGUUGGAAUUGAGCAGAGCUUCAUCAACAUGUCGUUCACAUCAGACUGCAAGAAGCUAUCACCGACCUCGAUCGCUGCGACAUGGCGACUCUCGCUGCACAAUAUUCUGCCACGGCUCGAAGCGAUAGAUGCCGCUCUAUCCAGACUCGGAGCGAUAGAAGCUGCCUGUCAGACUAUUAUGGAGCGCACUACUCCAAAGUCGACAUGCAGCUUCUGCCCCUGGAAGAGAAUCGCGGACUCUCACUACACCAGCCGGUGUAGCCGGUACCCCGAUCCGCUAUGUCUGAAAUGCCUGAAACCAGGGCAUGAAGACGCCUGCGAGGUGAAGUGUAGCGGUUGUUGGUCUCGACCACAACUUGCUGCUCUGUCACCAACGCAGGCCCAUGCAACAGCAGCCUCACAAGCGUCCCCGCUUCUGAGGCUGCAUCGUCAACGAGCAGCACUAUCCAGUCUACAUUAG